GGCACUGCUGUUUGGUUAAUUAAUUUCCCCCGUCAGUUUUGUUUACGAUUUUAUUAACUUCAGUUCCUCGAUAUUUUGUUUACAAUUCACAAGAAAAUCACUUGGAUUUUAUAAUUGAGCCAAUUGAUUGUUAAGGUUUGCAAAAAUCAUCUUGUAUUUCAUCAAAAUAACAUCGUACUUGUUUUUGGUUCAUUUUCUAUGUGUGAAACGAGCGCUGAAUUACUCAUUGUAAAAGACUCUUAAACUCAAAAAGCAUUCAAAAAGUAUUUAUUUAAUCAAUGACCAAAUAUACUGCAAGUAUGGCUCCGAAUUCCAAUAACUCAUCCCGAAAAAGCUCGCCCCCGCAUUCAUAUGGCCACCACACUCUACCGCUGAUUAACCACCCCUUCUACCAAACUCCCCCCUCCAAUUCAUCUUCGCCUCCGUCUCGAUCCCCACCUUCCGGCUCGCCUCCUGCUGGCAUGUCGCUGUUGACCCCCUUUCACCGACACUCCAACUCUGGGGAGAGCCUCCAUCAUCAGCAGCAUAAUCGGAUGUCACCUGUAAACCCCCCCUCGAAUCAUGCUCCAGGGGGCGCCUCAACGGUGGGAAUGAACGGGGUUCCGAAGCCCAGACGAGACCAGGUCCAGGAGUUUUUCAAGCUGGUCAAAGACGGGAAGAUCAACGAGGUCAACCAGGCUCUCAAGAGUAACCACCAGUUUGCACUGUGUUGCGAUGACAAGCAGAACAACGCCCUGUACUACGCGGCCUCUCUCGGUGACAAGCAGAUGUCGGACAUCCUGUUGAACAGUGGGGCAAGUGUCAAUCAUCAGGGGGGAGAUAUCAGAAGCACCCCCCUAAUGGCGGCCGCUGAGAAGGGCUUCUCACAGUGCUGCGAUCUAUACAUCAAGAGUGGGGCGAAUGUGAAUGCCGAAAACAUGGCUGGCAACCGAGCUCUGCAUUUGGCUGCUUCCAGAGGCCACCACGACGUCUGCCGAGUGCUCAUCGAGAGCGGAGCCGAGAUCGGAGCUACGAACGGGAAGAAUCUGAAUGCGAUCAACGAAGCUCAAGCUGCUCAGCAUUAUAAUCUAAGUGAUUAUUUGAGGCAGCAAAUGGGGCAGAGGAUGCAACCUUCGUCCACCAAUCAGAUGCAAGCUGGGCCAAAUAUGCCAUCGAGAAAUAUGGGAGGCUCAAACACGAAUGGCAUAUCUUCGCUUAAUAUAGGAUUCGGCGACCGCAAUUCAAAUUCCCGAAAAAGUCCCCAACGACAAUCGUCAAGCAACAUCAACGGAAGUCCUAACUCAAGCAGUGGAAACAGUUCACUUACUGGAGAUUACAAAGGAUUUCCUAUCGGACAAAUUUUAAAUUAUGAGUCGGAAAAUAGAGGAACGGUAGUUGGAUCGUAUUCGCCUCCCGAGGAUCCGAUGUCUGGAAUUCGAGACCCCUUCAACAUCGAUCUUCCAUCGAGGAGUUUCUUUGAAUCCGAGAAAAGUCCCUCCAAAGGUGACAUCAAGAGCUUUAAUUCUGUGGAGUCUAUAAACGCAAUGGACGUUAGUUUCGCGCACAUAAUCGGAUCCAAAGCAGGACUUUCGUCGUCUUCGCCAUCAUUGGAUUCAGUAAAAUCCUCCCCAAAUACGGAGAUCCGGACAUCGCCGCCUAUAAUGUCACUGCCAGUUUCGUUGUUUUCACCUAUGUCGACUUCAAAGAACACACCUUCUCCAUCUCGGCAGGAAACUUCCGAUUUGGCAGCAGGGCUUGGAAUCGGACUUCAGAACAUCCUCUUUCCGCCAUCGGAGUCCAACCCAAAAAUGAACGUGGGACAUCAACCUGCUUACCAAAACGGGGGACGAAAUGGAAGCACUAGCAACAAUGGGUUCGGAAGUCAAGGAAAAAUAGGACAACAUAGAUUUUCCAGCGUGAAUUCCAACCAUCAAAGCCAAAUGUCGAAAAAGGCUUGGGGAGAAAAUGGUAGCGGAACUACUCAAGACGUGAACGGAAAUUUCUACAAUUUUCCUCAUGCUCCCGAGGGGAUUUUCUCCAAUUUUAAAAAACCACAGUUUUCGCAAUCUGGAUCUGCGACCGAACUGAGAGCAACUGCGACCCCAAGUAUAUUUGAUACUCCGGGGUAUCAUAGCAACCAGCAAAUCGAUGCUUUGAUCUCUGACAUCUAUGAACCUAAAAUUUCCAUUUCCCGCAAUCAGUUGCAGGAUUUAUUGAAACAACAACAAGCGUUUUUACAGCAGAACCCCAACCAGUUUUUGUCGACCCAAAACGGACGACAUUUCAUGGGUGGAAACACAGUUACUUCAACUGUUAAUAUGAAAUCGCAGCAGAUGCAAAGUCAAGACAGCUUGAGGCUUCAGUACUCGCAACUCUUGAUCAAUGAUUUGAGUAAGAAAAACAGAGAGUUAGAAAUGAAAUUGGGCGAUACUGAAGCUCAAUUGUUGAAUUUGAGAUUCGAAAACCAGCAGAUGAAAAUGAGACUUAAAAACCUAAACGGGUUUGGAAACUAACCUCAUUGAAUUAAUUUCAUUCCGAAAACUAUAUGUCAAACUAUAUGAUGCAGUUUAUGAUGAUUUUUUUGGUGCUGAACUCUUUUUAAAGGCCAAAUAUUGCCUAUUUUUGACGAAUUUAUCUAUUUUGGAAAAUACUAUUUUGUAAUAUCUAUCUUUGUUCAUCAUAAUCCAUGUCUAGCUCUACUAUCUACAAAAUUUAGCUUCAAAUUUAUGUACAUUUGAUAUUUAAAUUAGAAUGAAUACCCCAUAUAUGGUUUAUUUCUGAAUUUCGUUACCUUGUG